AUGGAAUUAGCGAAAGGCGCUGAUGCCUAUCGAAUAUCUAAUCCUCCAUUACUAUUGGCAGCCGCCUUAACGGUCAGUCUCGAUAUAGUCAAAUCAUGUGGAGGUAUGCAUCGUUUGAGAGAAAAUCCAUUAGCUCUUCCAAACAAUCAAUAUCAGCUGGUGACACCAUCCAAUCCAAGUGAACGUGGUGCACAGUUGACAUUGAGUUUCACUUUCGCUAAUGUCGAGAAAGUUUAUGAGAAUCUCCUACAGUUGGGUGCCAUAUGUGAUUACCGAAAACCAAGUUUCCUACGUAUUUCACCAAUACCACUGUAUAACAGUUUUGAAGACGUCUACUUAUUUGUGAAAUGCCUUCGUCAAACUUUCAAUAAUACAACAAAUUAG